CCGGGAUUCUGGCCGCUCCCAGCGCCCCGGCUCGACGAACCUACAGCAGCUCGGAGGGUGUGUCGUAUGAGUGUGCGUGCUGGCUAGCUGCGCCGCUCCCAGGACUUCCCUUCUUUACCCGGCAGAUGCCCCAAGUAUAUACCACUGACCCAGCAGCGUAUAUUCUGCUCGCCACGCCGUUUUCUUCGGGGCUCCAUAAGUGUGCGCCGCCCGCCUGGGAAUUCUGCCAAACUUCCUCUGUCCCGGUUUGAAACGCUAUAAGGACCGAUCUGGACUUCGCACCCGGCCUCAAUGGGGAUACAAGGUAGACCAGAGCCUCAUCGUCCGCCAGUUUUUCCUAACACACCUCCCGGCCUGGUAAGUCCGACUUCGUCCGCCCACACGCCUAGGAUUUCCGAGGAACCGACGUGGGCAGCCACCACCACCGUACCUAUUUCUCCCCCUAUGUCUAGCUAUGAUCCGAGCACCAGAUCCGAUAUGUCAACUAAGGAGCCGGAAGAGGGUCAAGUCCGAAGAGAGAGCGUCCAGAGCGCGCCUAGGCAGCAACUCCCAUCGUUGAGCAGCCUGUUUGGGCCGGCUCACCACGUCCGCCCGGCCCCUUCUCCUCGGCUGGAUCGCCCCAGUCUUCUUCAUAGCUCUCACCCUCCCCUGGAUCGGCCCCAGUCGAGAAGCUCCUCCUACUUUCCGAACGUCUCCCCUCCCCUCAGCCAACCGCGGAGCGUCUACGAGCCCAGGCUGGAACCGGAGAGGCCAACGCUCCCGUCGGUCGCGUCCCAGUUUCCCGGGCCGCUCAAAUCCCCGACGCGCGAUUUCGAUCAUCCGAACCAUGCGCCGCGUGGCGAGCCGUCUCCUAGAAGGUGGCCGAGUAUGAGCCAUCUGGACUCUAGGCGGGGGGAGUAUGUGUUCGAAUCGCCAUCGGCAGCUCCCCCUUUCCGAUCGGAGCGCAUGCCGCUUCCUCCUUUGGGUCAGAGGCUGGGCUUCGAAACGAGCCCGGUGUUCAAGCGAGAGAACGCGAUGCAUCUGGAGCCAUCGGGUCGUUCGCCGACUCUGGUGGGAGCCCUCAUGCCAGAAGGAGCCCCCGUGAAAGACGGGCUAGGACCCAAGAUCUGGACAGGGACACACUUCUUGCCCCGUUUUGUGAAGCAAGCUGAAGUUCCCGGGGAGGGGAUGUGUUACUUCUACGACGACGGGACUCAUUGCAAGACGGUUAUCGAUGGGGAGCCGGUUAACGCCCACUGGGGGGUCACGAAGGCGGGGAAGCCGAGGAAGCGGCUCGCGAUAGCUUGUCUCACCUGUCGGGAGAAGAAGAUCAAGUGUGACCCCGACUACCCCCGAUGUGUCCAGUGCGAAAAGUUCGGCCGCGUCUGCAAGUUCAAGAAUGCGCCGCGAGGUGGUCAUAAUACCUCUCCGGUAGCUUCUCCGGCGGAGCAUGACCUGUCCAACGUUAGGCAAUUCGGAGCCCAGCCCAGUGUGACGGACUUUGGGAGGCCGAGAAGCACAUCGAGCACACCUGUCUCGCCUCGAACUAACAAGAUGGGCCGUCAUUCUCCUGAAUUACUCCCGGGCCUACCCCCUAAGAGGGUCCGGUAUUCCUACGACGAGUACCCGCGGCACCCGCCGCUCCCACCGAGCCGAUCGUCCCCAAUGAUGCCAAUUCCCGACAUGAAAAAGGCCGCAAAUGGCGCCAUACCGGCCUGGCAACACCAUGAUUUUGGUCGUGAUAUUCUUUCCCGGCCGUGGCAAACAGACCCAAGACCCCAUACCCGUGUAUAGCACUGUAAGACACCGGCUAUAAUUCUAUAUGGCCCAACAAAGCGAUCGGCAUAGCCUCGCAGAUCCCCCCGAUUCGAUACGGAUAUGAGAAGUGCCGCCAGCGCAGGAGCAGGGGUUCGGUUUCUGCUGCCACCUGAAACGGAUGAGAACGGCCAUCGAUUUACGCUAGACUAAGUGCGAACACGGACAGACGAUUUUCACGAAUCGCAUUCUCCUGGGGGGGGGGGGAGACCGAGAUGAUCAUACACGGAACGGUCGUCUCGUGGAAAUGUAAUCACUUGCUGAGAUAUCUUCACAGGGUCCAAUCUUAGGUCUCAGGAGGGGAGCCCCGAGGUCCUACGAAUAUUACGCCCAAGGAUAGGCGUUGUUCCGUUCGAAAAGCAGCGCCGAGAGCCUAUAC